GCGAGCCUGGCUGGAGCAAGAGUAUGGUGGAGAUGCUGCCAACUGCCGUUCUGCUGGUAUUGGCUGUGUCUGUGAUUGCCAAAGAUAACGCCACUUGUGAUGGUCCCUGUGGGUUGCGGUUCAGGCAGAGCCUACAAGGGAACAUCCGGCUUGUUGGAGGGCAGACAGCACAGCUCGGGGCCUGGCCCUGGAUGGUCAGCCUCCAAAUCUUCAUGGCCCACAACAACCGCAGGUACCACGCAUGUGGUGGCAUCCUGCUGAAUUCCCACUGGGUGCUCACAGCUGCUCACUGCUUCGACAGCAAAAAAAAAGUCUAUGACUGGAGACUGGUUUUUGGAGCACAGGAAAUUGAAUAUGGGAACAAUAAGCCAGUGCGAGCACCUCUGCAGGAGCGAUAUGUGGAGAAAAUCGUCAUCCAUGAGAAGUACAACAUUGUGAAUGAAGGGAACGACAUUGCUCUCUUGAAGAUCACCCCUCCUGUUUCAUGUGGGCAGUUCAUUGGGCCAGGCUGCCUGCCCACUUUUAAGGCAGGCCCUCCCAAAAUUCCCCAGACCUGCUACGUGGCUGGCUGGGGGUAUAUCAGAGAGAAUGCCCCCAGGCCGUCGCCUGUGCUGCUGGAGGCCCGCGUGGAGCUUAUCGACCUCGACCUGUGUAACUCGACCCAGUGGUACAAUGGGCGGGUCAUGUCAACCAACGUGUGUGCGGGGUACCCAGAAGGCAAGAUCGACACCUGCCAGCGGCGGGCCUCUCAUGUGCAGAGACAACACGAACAGCCCCUUCGUGGUUGUUGGGAUCACGAGCUGGGGCGUAGGCUGUGCCCGUGCUAAGCGCCCUGGAAUCUACACAGCAACUUGGGACUAUCUGGACUGGAUUGCUUCCAAGAUCGGUCCCAGUGCUCUGCAUGCAAUUCAGCCAGCUACUCCUCC